ACCUGCAGGGUGGCUCUGCAUCUGUCCCGGCCAGCCCAGCUCAGGGGGGCUGCAAGGGCGUUGGACUCUCAGGACACAUCCCCUGCCCUCCACAAGCAUGAGGGCAACCCAGCCGAGUGUUAGGAGGUGUGUGUGUGCUAUUAUGCUGCAGUCCCCCUCCUGGCAGAUGUGGCUGCAGAAAUCCUGCUUGCCUCCUGGGGACUGUUUCAGAAAGCAGCACCGAGAGAGAGAGAGAGAGAGAGAGAGAGAGAGAGAGAGAGAGAGAUGUGGCAAUGCUCAGGAAGAGAGGCACACAGGCAGACUGGAGGGGGCAGGAAAGGGGGCAUUGCUCUGGUGUCUAGGUGCGUCCACACACGCCAGCUUCCGGUCCAACUGGGAUUUGGGAUGCUGCUGGCACAGUAGGCAGAGGGACGUAAGGGUGCCCCUAUGGGAGCCAUUAGGCCGAGUGCUCCUCUCGCCCUCCGAGAGGUUCAGGCCCGGGUGGAGAAACUGAGGCAGCUGGAGAGUGCUGACUUGGUCUGGACGGCACUCCUGCCACUGGCCCAGGGAACAGCCGCCAGAGACCCACCAAAACAGAAUGAAGAAAAGCACAUUAUUGCUUCAGCCUACAGAUUAAGUGCUUGAUGUUGGCUUCCUGGACAAUAAAAAACCGCACAGCAAACAAAGGAUGAUGAUUUCUCGUGGGAAGACCAUUCUGCUGUGGGUGUUUUUCCUCGCCAUCUUCUCCAUGGCCGUUUUCACUUACCUGGAUGGCAGGGACGGGACGUUGAUGUGGAUGUACCGUAGAGGUGUGAAGUUCAUAAAGUUAAAAAUCCAAAUGGAGGACUGGAUCGAUUUCUCCACCUGGCUAGAUUCAAGGUUUGAAUUUGCCAACACAGAGCCCAAAGGAAUGCCGUUGACUGAGUGGUUUGAUCCAAGACUUCGAAGAGAGGUGUCCACCCUGACCUCCUGGGGAGCCCCCAUCAUAUGGGACGGGACCUUCCAGACCUCUCUCUUGGACGACCACUACAAGCAACGCAAAGUCACCGUCGGCUUGACGGUUUUCGCCAUUGGGAAGUACCUGGACAAAUAUUUGAAGAACUUCUUGGUCUCCGCGAACACCUUCUUCAUGCCUGGCCACAACGUGAUCUUCUACAUCAUGGUGGACAACGUCUCCAGAGUGCCACAGUUCGAGCUGGGGCCCUUGCGGAAGCUGAGAAUCUUCCAAGUCAGCAAGGAGCAGCGUUGGCAGGACGUCAGCAUGAUGCGGAUGAAAACCAUCGCGGACCUCGUCGAAAGCCAAAUCGCCCAUGAGGUGGAUUUCCUCUUCUGCAUGGACGUCGACCAGGUCUUCCAGAGCAGCUACGGGGUAGAGACGCUGGACGAAUCAGUGGCCCAGAUCCAAGCCUGGUUUUAUAAGGCAGAGAAGGAGGAUUUCACAUACGAGCGGCGCCCGGAGUCCGCUGCGUACAUCUCUUACGAGGAGGGGGACUAUUAUUACCACGGGGCCGUGUUUGGAGGGACCCCGCUGCACGUCCUCAACCUCACCAGGAAGUGCUACGAAGGCAUCCGAGAGGACAAAAAGCAGAAUCUGGAAGCCGUGUGGCAUGACGAGAGCCACUUAAACAAAUACUACCUCCUCCACAAACCGAACAAGGUGUUAUCGCCUGAAUACUGCUGGGACUACAACAUUGGUGGAUCUCACGAAAUUAAAAAGAUCAAGUUGUCCUGGAUGCCAAAGGAAUACUAUGAGGUACGGAGCGAUGACUGACCGCUGGCUUGUACAGAAGAGAAGACCACCUUUGCCAAACCAGUUUGCUCCACCCCUCCGUCUAUCCCUCAGGAAAAAAAGUAUCACUUUUCUCUUUAAAAAUAGCCGGCGCAGAAGCGUUGGAUGUGAUGCCUUGAUAAAGUCUCUCCGCAUUUCUGAUUUACUUUUGGCUGUUUGCUCUCCAGGGUUGAAUCCCACACACGCACACACUCAGCAACUUUGGGAACAUUUGUGGACACCAGUUGUUGAUUUAAAGAGGUUGUGGGUUGACUUUGUGCAGUGUGGGUACCACUAGAGGAGGAUUGUCUUCUUCUGUGGAUACGAAAAGCAGAACGAAAAAGGAGAGAUGGGACGGCAGAAAGCAGGGCAGAGCUGGCAGGAACAACAGUGGUGGCGGACAAAAUAGAAACCCAGUUUUGGAGGGGAAGGGACCCUUGAGGUCUUCUAGACCACCCCCUGCUCAGGACAGGAAACUGCUAUGGCAUCCCUGACUGGCCAUCCAGACUGAAAGAGAAGGAGUCCCUCACUGCAUGAGGCAGGCGGUUCCACUGCCAAAUAGCUCUUAGUGCCAGGAAAUGCCUAACUGAUCAGGGUGAGGAAGCCACAGCAGAACUGGUGUGGACACACAGCCUGCCUAAAUGUUAGAGCUGGCGAUUUAGGGGUUCCGCAGAGGCUCUGAAUAUUUUUGUUGGUUCUGAACUAGGCCUCCUCCCUCCCCAAACUGAAAUCACCCCAUUUUCUGAAAACCAGAGCUAAUUCGGCCCUAUACAAACCUUCAUGGUCAAAGGGAGCGUGAUGGUCAGCCUCAGGACAGUGUAGGGUCCCCACCACCACCCUCCAGGACUGAUCCAGAGUCUCCAGGAAUCCACAUCCAUCUCCAGACAAGGCCUGUAAGCAACUCGGGGGGUGUUUUUAAUAGUUUGGUCUCACGAAGGAAUAAAUAUUAGGGCCGGUGGUGGGGGGCGAGGUCUGCAAGAAGAGCCUCCGUCAGAGCUGGCCUCUCCAGAGUGGAGAGCGUGCAAACCUGGCCCAAGCCUCCCCAAAGAGGUGUUUGGCCCCAGAAAAGGACCAAGGCAGUCCCCCGUGCCUUAGUCCAGGUCUGCUCUGCCUGGAACGGAACCCAGGACCUCCUCUGCCGGCAAAGCUGCUGAGCAACAGCUGCAGAAUCAGACUCUCUCAGGCCAAGGUCUUCUCCAGGGCUGCUCCCCGGGGUGCUUUCUUCUCGGCCAGCCAUGCCAGGGACAGAACCUGGGAGGGACCCUCUGCUUGCCACCCCACGCUGCUCUCCAGGGAGCUCCGAGCAGAAGAGAAUCGCGGGCGCUUGUUGCUUCUGGACGUGCACAGCUGCCUUAUAGAGACUCAGAACUGCUGGUCCAUUCAAGCGCUCUGCUCCUCUGACCGGCAGCCACACUCCAAGAGCCCAGGUGUUUUCCAGCUCUCCUGCUUGCAGCCUUCCCAAGAUGAAGAGGUCAGGCACGGGGACGGGGGCUUUGGCAUGCAGAGAGUCAGAGGCCAGAGUCAGGCACGGGCCCGGCUGGGCCUGGGAGGAAGAAGCCCUUCCGACAGUGAGGCGGGGAGAAUUGGAGGCAGGGGGAGCAGCUGUUCCUCUUUGUCCCCACGCCGUCACCUCUUCACCAAAAUCUCUCCCCACUGACAAGGCCUCUUUCAGCUAGCGAUCUAUCCCAACUUCAUCACAAACUCCAACAGAAAAUGUCAUGAGCCACCCAUGUUCAAAGUACACCCCAGAAGUUCUUUGCAACGUCUGCUGACCAUCUUUGGGAAGGACAUGCCUUUACAAUGCUAGGAAUCUGCCUUAUACUGAGUUGGGCCCUUGGUCCAUCUAGCUCAGUAUUGUCCACACUGACUGGCAGCGGCUUCUCCAGGUUUUCCAGCAGGAGGGGCUCCCUGGCCUACCUGGAGAUGCUGCCAGGGAAUAAACCUGGGGCCUUCUGCAUGCCAAGCGGAUGCUCUACCUCUGAGCUGCAGCCCCAUCUUCCAAGGGAAUCGCUUACAGCAGACGGCACUCACAGGUAGUCACACAUCCAAACGGUGACAAGUUGUCACCCAUCCAAAUGCAAACCAAGGGGAACCCUGCUUAGCAAAGGGGACAAUUUAUGCUUGCUCCCUCAAGACCAGCUCUCCACUCCCUACUUUUAUUCUAAUUUGUUGCGGGGGAUAGGACACUGUUUUUCCAUGGACUAUCAACAGACUAAGAACUUGUGCAAUGCGGUUGAAUAUUGUUUUGGGCAGCUUGUUGGGUCUCCCAUCAGAAUUUGCACCAAAGUAGGAAUAAAUCGCUGGCUGGAGGAACUCAAGUCUUGAAGUUGUUUUUAAAAAAAACCACAACCACACACAUACACAAAACCAGUUCUCCCUUGGAAGUGAUUGGUCUUUUUAAUUUAUUUUGUUGUAAAUAUCAUGCGGGUAAAAUAAACAUCCUUAUUUUAUCAA